AUGAAUAGAGAGCUUGCAGACAUGCACUUAGUGUAUGGAAUAGCUGAGGGUAAUGGACGAGCCGCUGCACGCAUUUAUCGUGAACGCUUCCUCCCAGACAUUGACCACACGACAGUUACAGUGGAGACUCGUGCUGCAGGGAUAAAAGGACAAUCAUUUGAUCCACGAAAAGAUCCAGACUUCUAUAACUUAAGCACUCAACUUGAUUUAGAUGAGUUAUGGGAUGCUCUGAGUGAUUGUUUAACGGAGCUUGCUGAAACUCCUGAUCAUCAUGCUGUUUUGGUUUUACAGCCAGCUGUUGAAGCCUUUUUCUUAGUGCAUGCAUCACCUGAAAAAGAAAAUAAAAAGAAAGAAAGUAGGAAAGAUCCCCAGGAAAAUGAAAUGUCUCAUCUUCAAGAAAUGCCACCCAUGUCACCUGUUUCUUCUAUAGGCCCUCUAUCAGAUGCAUCUCUUAAUUCUUCUUUUGACCUAACAUCACCACAACCUACCAUGCCACUCGAUACUGUCAAAUUUCUUAGAUUUGCAGAAAUUCACCGGACUGUGUUAAAUCAAAUUUUAAGACAGUCUACUACACCUUUAGCAGAUGGCCCAUUUUCAGUUCUUGUUGAUCAUACCAGAGUGUUAGAUUUUGAUGUGAAACGUAGAUAUUUCAGACAAGAACUGGAGAGAAUGGAUGAAGGCUCUCGACGUGAAGAUUUAGCAGUUCAUGUAAGAAGAGAGCAUGUUUUUGAAGAUUCAUUUAGAGAACUGCAUCGUCGAACUCCUGAGGAAUGGAAAAACAGGUUCUAUAUAGUUUUUGAAGGAGAAGAAGGGCAGGAUGCUGGUGGUUUGCUUAGGGAAUGGUAUACUAUUAUUUCCAGAGAAAUAUUUAAUCCAAUGUAUGCUCUUUUUACAACUUCUCCAGGUGAUAGAGUUACAUACAUGAUAAAUUCUUCAUCCCAUUGUAAUUCAAAUCAUUUAAGUUACUUCAAAUUUGUUGGAAGAGUUAUAGCCAAGGCAGUAUAUGACAACAAGUUGUUGGAAUCUUAUUUCACUAGAUCAUUUUACAAGCACAUUUUAGGAAAAUAUGUAAAGUAUACAGAUAUGGAAAGUGAAGAUUAUUCAUUCUAUCAGGGUUUAGUUUUCUUAUUAGAGCAUGGUGUAAAGGAAUUAGGAUAUGAAUUAACUUUUAGUGUUGAGGUUCAAGAAUUUGGUGUCACGGAAAUAAGAGAUCUGAAGCCCAAUGGUAGAAAUAUUCAGGUAACAGAAGAAACUAAAAAUGAAUACGUUCGUCUAGUUUGUCAGGAAAAAAUGACUGGUGCAAUCAGGAAACAGCUUAAAGCAUUUUUAGAAGGUUUCUAUGAAAUCAUUCCAAAAAGACUUAUUUCUAUAUUCAAUGAACAAGAACUGGAGCUUCUUAUAUCAGGAUUGCCAAAUAUAGAUAUUGAUGAUUUGAAAGCCAAUACUGAGUACCAUAAAUAUCAACCAACUUCUUUACAGAUACAAUGGUUUUGGCGAGCCUUGAGAUCUUUUGACCAAGCUGAUCGAGCUAACUUCCUUCAAUUUGUUACGGGUACCUCCAAAGUACCACUUCAAGGUUUUGCAGCAUUAGAAGGAAUGAAUGGGACUCAGAAAUUUCAAAUUCAUAGAGAUGAUCGAUCGACUGAUCGUCUUCCUUCUGCUCAUACAUGUUUUAAUCAGCUUGAUCUUCCGGCGUAUGAGACUUAUGAUAAGCUCCGAUCCAUGCUAUUGAAAGCCAUCCAUGAGUGUUCAGAAGGAUUUGGAUUUGCUUGAUUUCUUGGAUAUGGAUGCAGUUUCCUCUUGGUGCCUAUGUGAUAUGAGUACUUGCCAAUACUCUGUUGAGGACUAUUGUACUCCUACAGUCACUUAGUACUAUCAUAUUUUAUUUGUUGACUACUAUAGUUAUACUUGAAGAACUAAAAGCAUGACUAAAAAGACCGUGAGCUGACUGUACAGAAUUUUUUCAGUUUCUUAUGAAAACCAGCCUGUAUAUUUUCUCUUUCAGUUAAAUUUCAUAAAAUUCAAACUAUUUCAUAUGUGUCUUGCCAUAUUUCUCUUACUACAUUGCACUAGAAAUGAAUUUUUAAACAUAUGAUCAUUUUGAAAGAUAUUGCUUGUAUUAAAAUCAAAUUUAGAGAGAAAAUAUUUUACUGCUGAAAAAAUAAUUUUAUUGACAAGAGCUGUGUAAAUUAAAUAUGGAAAAAGCUUAGAAAGUAUUGUAUUUUUUAUUGUUAAUGAUGACAGUUAAUUAAAUAACUUAACAUAGCUCUUUUCUGUUUAUGUUUUUUAAAUAUACCACAACUGCAUUAUGACUAAGCUGAUCAGAAUGUGUACUGUUAUUUUUUGCAGUAUCCCUCUAUUUUCUUAAAGCAAAUUUUAUUAAUUAGGAGUUCACCAAACAAGUUGAAGUAUAGGUUAGUGCUAUAUAUAUAUAUUAUUCUACUGGAAAAUUGUCAUGAAUACAUUUCCAUUAUUGUGGUAAAAUUUGAUGUGCUAGCAGAUCAAAUGUUGCAUUAAGAUGAUUUUUCUAUCAGCUGAUAACUGUUUCAUUUUCAAGAAUUUCUGAAUGUAUUUUACUUGACAAACCAUCAACAACACAUUUUGUAUGCUGUUAUUCUUCCUUAUAAUAGUCCUUAAGUUUUUUUGUGUGUGGCAAACUUAUAGUGGCAAACUUAUUCUUAGUGUGUGGCAAAAAAAAAUCCCCCCCCCUCCUAAAAAAAAGGGUAGUCUUAUUCUCAAUACAUUGUGAACUUGUAAAUUUCAUUUAUUUGUAUGACAAAGCAUUUUCACAUCUGCUUUAAUAUGAUUUAAGACAAGAUUCAGAAAUACAUAAUAUUCUGUAUAGAUUAAAAUACAGCCUUAUUCAAUACUCAAUGAAAUUUCAAGUUUAAUGUUAAUCAAUUUGUUAAAGAAUACUUACGUCUUUCCUAAAUUACAUGUGCAUGUUUUCCAUGAUUUCAGAUAACUUGUUUACUGUUUCUAAAACAUAGAUUAAUUUUUUAAUGAAAUUUUUGGUUAAUUAUUGUAAGAUUUGGUUGUAAUAAAAAUUUGCAUGCUGUACUUUAA